AUGGUAGAGGAUCAUUUGAUUUGCCAUGGAUUUGUUCAUGGAUACACCAAAUGGGUUUUUCAUGGUGAAGGAUUUUCCUUAAGAAAUACGCCACAUCCAAUCGAUGAAGAAGAAACUUCUAGAAAUAUUGUAGAUGAUCAGAGAGAUGAUCAGAGAGAUGAAGGAGUGAGGGAGGGGCCACAUGAAUAUGCAAAGAGAUUUUUUAAAUUAGUGGAGGAAGGGAAAGAAGAGUUGUAUCCAGGGUGUAAGAAUUUUUCUAAGUUGAGUUUUACCAUCCGGCUAUACUUGUUUAAAUGCAUUCACAAGUUGAAUGAUGUGGCCUUUUCAAAUUUAUUGGACUUGAUAAGAGAGGCAUUUCCAUUUGCUCAGAUACCCGACUCGUUUUACAAGGCAAAAAAGGUCAUAAAAGAUUUGGGUCUUCAUUAUGAGAAAAUACAUGCUUGCACUAAUGAUUGCAUACUAUUUUGGAAUGACAAUGCAAUGUUCGAUAAUUUCUCAGUGUGUGGAGCUUCAAGAUGGAAGAAUGUUCGGAAUGACUUAAAUAAUAAGGUUACGAAAAUUCCAGUGAAGGUUUUAAGGUACUUUCCUUUAAAGCCUAGACUUCAGAGGAUAUUCAUGUGUUCUGAAACAUCUGUAGCUAUGAGAUGGCAUGAUACUGAACGACUUAAAGAUGGAAAUUUAAGACAUCCUGCAGAUGGUGAAGCUUGGAAGGAUUUUGAUUCAUUGCAUCCUAACUUUGCUAAUGAUGCUCGUAAUGUUAGAUUGGGUCUUUCUAGUGAUGGUUUCAAUCCAUUCAGAACUAUGAGCAUUUCCCAUAGCACAUGGCCAGUUAUGUUGAUGAACUAUAAUUUAUCUCCAUGGACUUGCAUGAAGUCAGAGAAUAUUAUGUUAUCAGUGAUUAUUCCAGGUCCAUCGUCUCUGGGAAAUGAUAUAGAUGUAUACUUGCAACCACUGAUUGCGGAGUUGAAGGAACUAUGGGAUGUAGGAGUUGAAACAUAUGAUGCUGUAACUAAUCAAACAUUUCUAAUGCAUGCAGCUUUAUUGUGGACAAUUAGUGAUUUUCCAGCUCUAGGAAUGCUUUCUGGAUGGAGCACCAAGGGAAGAUGGGCAUGCCCCACUUGUGCACAAAUUCUUGAAGAGCUUCGUGAAAUCAAUAAUGUAUUUGGAAAGAACAAAAAGAAAAGAAAACGAAAGAAUGAUGGUCCAUGGAAGAAAAAAUCCAUAUUUUUUGAGUUGCCAUAUUGGGCAACAAACAAAUUGAGGCACAAUCUUGAUGUGAUGCACAUAGAGAAGAAUAUUUGUGACAGUGUGCUUGGGACUUUAUUGGAUAUACUUGGAAAGUCCAAAGAUCAUAUAAGUUCUCGCUAUGACUUGUAUGAAAUGGGGAUAUGUAAAGAGCUUCAACCUCUAAAAGAUUGUGAUACAGGAAAUAUCCAUCUAGCUAAAGCUUGUUUCUCUAUGACACCAGAUGAGAAAAAGUUAUUUUGA